AUGUUUGCUACCAUAGGUAGUAUUCCUAUCUUUAUUAGAAAUGAUAGGCAGCUUGAAGCUUUUAAACUCAAAUAUGCGCAAAGUGGAGGAGUUCUUUAUCUAUGUGUUAUUGUUGAGGAUUUUUGUGUGACUGUUGAGCAGGGCCAACCUAGCUCUACUCCUUUUAUUGAGAGUGUUACUGCUGUUACUCAGGAUCAAACUAGCUCAAAUCUGUUUGUUGGGAAUGCUAUCGAUGUUUCUACUGCUACUCAUACUCAGGGUCAACCAAUACCAAAUUCAUAUGUCGAGAGUGUUCCUCGUUUUUAUUGUUCUCCUGUUGCUUAUUCAAGUCAACAUACUAGCUCCGAUGAUGAUUUUACUGCUACUGCUACUCAUAGUCAGUUAUUCAAAGACAAAACAGAAAUGAGAAGUCAGAUGCGGAUGUAUGCAGUCAAGCAUAGUUUUGAGUUUCAUACUUUUAAUUCAGACAACAAGAGGAAUGUUAAUCAUCGCCAAGCAUCUGCAAGGACUUUGGAUGGUUUGGUUAGUAACCAUUUUGCAGGAGGAAAGCUUCCUCUCAGACCUAAACAGCUCAUGGAAAUUUUUAGGAAUGACCAUGGAGUUGGUGUCUUGUACUCAAAAGCAUGGAAAGCUCAAGAACAUGCAUCAGAACUUGCUAGGGGUUUACCUGCUGAUAGUUAUGAGGUUUUACCGAGUUGGUUCCACAUGAUAGAAAAGAAGAAUCCAUGUACUAUCACUUACAUCAAAGCUGAUUAUGAUAAUAAGUUUAGAUACGCUUUUCUGGCUUUUGGUGCAUCAAUUAGAGGGACUUUGCUUGCUGCAUCAGCUCAGGAUGGUAAUUUUCAGUUAUAUCCUAUUGCUUUUGCCGUUGUUGAUUAUGAUAAUGAUGCAUCAUGGGAUUGGUUUUUGCGGUGUUUGAAGACUAUUAUUCCUGACGAAAAAGAUCUAGUUUUCGUGUUUGAUCGGGCUUCUUCAAUAGCAACUGCGCUUUCAGUAAAUUAUGUACAUGCUCAUCAUGGGAUCUGCACUUUCCACUUGCAAAAAAACCUGAAAAAACGAUUUAGAGCUUCUGCUUCUCUUCUUCCAGUUGUUCAUGAUGCUUCAAGAGCUUACACUCAAUAUGAUUUUGAUUAUUUGUUCAGUCAAAUUUCCAAUGGUGAUCCGGAACUUGGAGAAUAUCUUUGGCAAGCUGAUAUUAGGAAAUGGUCACGUGCAUAUUCUCCUUCUAACUGGUACAACAUCAUGACAUCUAAUUGUGCCGAGUCCAUUAACUCCUUGUUAAAAGAGACUCGCAAGUAUCCAAUUGUCUACCUGUUUGAGACAAUCAGGUCUAUUUUGACUAGGUGGUUUAAUGAACGACGUGAGGAGAGCUGUCGACAUCCAUAUGCUGUUACUCCAAAUGUUGGGAAUAAGAUGAAUGCAUCUUAUAAUAAUACUACCUGCUGGCUUGAAGUUUGUCAAGUAAAUGAAAAUGUCUUCGAGGUUAAAGCAGGUUUAAAGACGAAUGUGGUGAAUUUGGACACAAGGAAAUGCACAUGUUGUAUGUUUGAUAUUGACAAAUUCCCUUGUGCACAUGGAAUUGCUGCUGCUGACAAACAUGUCAAUCUCAAUGAAACAUGUUUAUGGCGUUUAGGAUAUUCAGAGAGCAUUCACCCAGUAGGUGAUAUGGAGUAUUGGGAGGUUCCAGAGAGUGUUAGUACUUCUAUUCGGCCACCUUCUACUCGUAUAGCUAGUGGCAGGCGAAAGAAAAAGAGAAUAGCUAGUUCAUGGGAGCAUGGAAAGGCUAAGACAAAUUCAAAACAAUACAAAUACAGUAGGUGUGGUCAGUGUGGACACAACAAAUCUAGUUGUGUAGCUGCUAUCUAA